AUGCAAAUACUGGGAGAAAAUUUUAAAGAAGUCGAGAUUAUGGAUAGCGAAUACGACAGAAGGAAACUCGAAGAAGAGAGUGCAGGACCUCCUGGUGACGAACCUAUGGGUCAAGAAAACCAUGAGCAGUUAGAAAACCACAUUGAUAAAGCUACAGAGUCCCAAAUGAGUAAAGAACUUGUGGUGGAAGACGACCAGUACGACCAGGGGAGCCACAAUAUCGACUAUGAGGCAAGAAACAAAGAGGAACAUAACAAUGGUACGAACCGGACCGAUGGUGGACAUACACAAGGUACUGAACAAUCAAACGAACAACAAACAGAAUCAAAUCACGAACAACAGCAACAACAACGACUACAGCAAACAGAGCAGCACCAACAACACCAAAUGGAAACGGUGAAGAAACCGCUCAUAUAUGGGGCUAACACUUCAGGAAAGUACACCCUAUCAGACUUCCAAAUAUUACGGACUUUAGGAACAGGUUCCUUUGGUAGAGUUCAUUUAAUUCGGUCAAAUCAUAAUGGUAGAUUUUACGCUUUGAAAGCGCUAAAGAAACACACAGUUGUAAAAUUAAAACAAGUAGAGCAUACCAACGACGAAAGAAGGAUGUUAUCGAUAGUGUCCCAUCCCUUCAUCAUUCGUAUGUGGGGUACUUUCCAGGACUCACAACAUGUUUUCAUGGUUAUGGACUACAUCGAGGGUGGUGAGUUAUUCUCCCUACUUAGGAAAUCGCAAAGAUUUCCCAACCCUGUAGCGAAAUUUUAUGCAGCCGAAGUAUGCUUGGCAUUGGAAUAUUUACACAGUAAAGAGAUAAUAUACAGAGAUUUGAAGCCAGAGAACAUUCUACUUGACAAAAAUGGUCAUAUAAAGAUUACCGAUUUCGGAUUUGCUAAAUAUGUUCCGGAUGUUACAUACACACUAUGUGGUACACCAGAUUAUAUUGCUCCUGAAGUAGUAAGCACUAAGCCUUAUAACAAAUCUGUUGAUUGGUGGAGUUUCGGUAUUUUGAUAUACGAAAUGUUGGCUGGGUAUACACCAUUUUAUGAUGCAAAUACAAUGAAAACUUACGAACACAUUUUAAACUCGGAACUUAAGUUCCCUUCUUUCUUCCAUCCAGAUGUGCAAGAUUUACUGUCUAAGUUAAUCACCAGAGACUUGAGUAAACGUCUUGGUAACUUACAAAACGGCAGUGAGGAUGUUAAGAACCAUCCGUGGUUUAGCGAAGUUGUCUGGGAGAAACUGCUGGCGAGAUACAUAGAGACUCCAUAUGAACCUCCUAUCCAACAGGGACAAGGUGAUACUUCCCAGUUUGACAGGUACCCAGAAGAAGAAAUAAACUACGGCGUACAAGGAGAGGAUCCCUACGCUGAUCUAUUCAGAGAGUUUUAA